AAAUUUUAGAGAGGGAAUUUUCUGCUUUCUAGAGAGAGAGAGAGAGAAAGCGCCGUCAUUUUUCGGGAAAAGGGGUCGAAGCCUCUGAAGAGAUAGCGUAAUGGGCGAAAGCCAGAGAAACCCGAAAUGGGUUCUUUCGAUUUUCCCCUGAAACCUCUCUUUCUGCUUCAAAAUUCCUUCUUUUUUCACUUUUCAUCUUUCCCUUUUCAACUUCAGCAAGCACAAACACGAGGGAAAUUGCUAUACAAUUAAGCUGCGUUUUGUCGGCAAACUGUAGUUGGUCUUGUCUUGAGAGUUUCACAGAUUUCAGAUGCAUCACAUAUUUAUAUGGUGUAUUAAAAUUACUUAAAGUCUAGAACUUAUUUUUGAUUUGGUUUCAUAAUGUAUUAUUCUGUUAAGACUUUAGACCUAAAAAAUAUGGCAUGAUGGAACAGUCAAGGUUAUAUAAACAGCUUCAGUACAAUACCAUGGAACCUAGAAAUGAGGAGUUCCAGUCUGGAUCUCAAUCAGUAAUUCAGGACCAUAUGGAUGGCAUGCAUGCUAUUAGAAGACCGUCUGACUAUAACACAUCAGAUGUUAAACCAGUACUUAAUUAUUCAAUACAGACAGGUGAGGAAUUUGCUCUUGAAUUUAUGCGAGAUAGGGUGAAUCUCAGGAAGCCCGUAUUUUCAAAUGUUGGUGAUUCCAAUUCCAAUUAUGCAACUGGUAGCGUGGAACUGAAAGGUGUCUUAGGCAUCAGUCAUGCAGCUUCUGAAACUAGGUCAGACAUUUCUAUGCUCUCAAAAGUUGAGAAAGGUACAACAGAGUUUAACAGACAGAGUACAUCAUUACAUAGAGACAGAAGCAAUUAUGGGUCUAUUCGAUCAAUACCAAGAAGUUCAUUGAAUCAGGAGAAUAGUCGAUUUGUACGUGGGUAUGGCUCUUCUUUUGGUUCAGACAGCUCAUCAAUUAUGAUGAAGUGUCUCUGUAGCUUUGGUGGCAAAAUAUUACCUCGACCGAGUGAUGGAAAGCUAAGGUAUGUUGGAGGUCAAACUCGUAUUCUUCGUCUAAGGAAGGACAUAUCUUGGCAGGAGCUUAUGCAAAAAGCAUUGUUGAUCUAUAAUCUGGUUCAUGUACUAAAAUAUCAACUUCCUGGUGAAGAUCUUGAUGCUUUGGUAUCAGUAUCUUCUGAUGAGGAUUUGCAGAAUAUGAUGGAAGAAUGUAAUCUUCUAGAAAAUAGAGAACGCUCACAAAAGCUUAGGUUGUUUUUGUUCUCAAUGAGUGAUUUGGAAGAUGCUCAGUUUGCUCUCAGUAGCAUUGGUGAUGACUCUGAUGUCCAAUAUGUUGUUGCUGUUAAUGGCAUGGACUUUGGAUCGAUAAACAGCUCAACCCCACUUGGUGUCAGCUUUUCAACAGAUGAUUUACAUGAAUUGGAAAGGCAAACUAUUGAGAGGGAGACUAAUAGAGUUGCUGUAGAAUCUAUAGGUAUCAGCAAUGCUCCCUUGACUAACAAAUCUGAUGCUUCAUUGACUAUUCAUUCUUCACAAACAGUUCUACCAAAUUUGUCAAAUGCUUAUGAAAUCGAUCAGCAGUCUUAUGGUGACCAAAUGAUGCAAGUUGCGGAUUAUAGUCAUCAAUAUUUUGUUCACCAUGGCCUGAGUUCCACUCAUAACCCUGGGGUCGGAGGGACUCCUAUUCCUAUGGCACCUCAUCUGCUAAACAAUCAGCAAGGGUUUCUGAAUGAAGACCAUCUACCUAGUGGAUUACAAAUACAAAAUUCCCAGUUACCUACAAUGCAGGUGAGAAAGAUAGACGACAGUUCAGUUAAUCAAGGGAGUGAUCCUGGUAAAGUUUUAUCCUCUGAAACCGCAUCCGCAGCUCCCUUACAGCCUUUUGACAGUUGCUUGAAAAGUAAUUUUCCUGAAGCAGCGGUUGUAGUUACCAUGCCUGAGGGGCAUCUUCCUACGUUGCCUUCAACUAAAAAGGUUCAGAACAAGGAUUGUGAAGAGGCCUCUUCUACUUCUAGCAGUGCAUUUGUUCCUGCUUAUGUUGAUUCCCAAGCAAAUGCAAUUGAUUUGAGUUCUCUGCAUCCUCCUCCACUUCCUGAAAGAAUUUACUAUUCAGAAAGAACUCCAAGGGAGCAAGUAGAGUUGCUGAAUCGUUCCUCAAAGUCAGAUGACACACACAGUUCUCAAAUUCAUGUGUCAGAUUUACUUUCUGAUGUCACACCAGAGGAUCCAGUGACAGAAUCUAGUGAUAACUUGCAUGAUGGUAAAAUGUUAACACCAACUGUGGAAUUGGGUACUUCUGCAAAGCCCUUGCUUGCAAAUAGCCAUACCAUUGACAAUGGGUUUUCGAAAAAUCAAAUGAGCAAACCGUUGCCUGAUACAAACAGUCUGAUUAAGUCAAAACUAUCUGAGCACACAGAUCCUGAGUUGAAGCCAGUGUUGCCAAGCAAUGAAGGAACUAUAGAUGUGGAAACUGAGAAUUGUCGUAAGGAUAACUACACCAAGCCCUUGGUUGAUGAAACUGAAACCAAAACCAAAACCAAAGAUGGUAAAUCGGAUCUUCCUUCUUUGCACCAUGUUUCCUCUGCUAAGCGUCUUGAUGAUCUAGCAUCCAAUCUUCCAGAGAUUGAUUGGGGUGAAGCCUCAGGGAAGGAAUCUAAUGAUGGUUGUAUGGUACAAGAACUACCUGUUACUGUAACUGGGAAUGUAACCAAAGAUCUUUAUCAAGAUUUCCCCUCAAAUGUUGUUUCCAAACAAUCUCAAGGUGACAUUCUUAUUGAUAUUGAUGAUCGAUUUCCCCGGGAAUUGCUUUCUGAUAUAUUUUCUAAAGCAAUACUUGGAGAAGACCCCUCCAGUCUACAUCCACCGUCCGGAGAAGGAGUAGGCUUAAGCAUAAAUAUGGAGAAUCAUGAACCUAAAAGAUGGUCAUAUUUUCAUAAGUUAGCACAAGGUCUUGAUAAUGUCUCUCUUAUUGACCAGGAUCAUCUUGCUUUUUCACCCGUGAUAGAAAAAGCAGGAGAUAAUAGAACUCAUCAUGUUACACCACUAACAGCUGAUGGAGUUCCACAACAUCAUGAAGAUUCUCAUCUCAAUUUCAGUGAAGAAAAUCAAGAGGACUUGCAUAGUAGGAUUGAGACCGAAACUACUGUACUGAAGUCCAAUUUUAAUCAAUCCCAACUGAAGGAUGAGGAGAGUAUGCAGUUUGAUGUAAUGAUGGAAAAUCUAAGAACACAAGAGUCAGAGUUUGAGGAUGGCAAAUUUGAUGCAAAAAAUAGCAAUCUACCUGCACUUGAUCCUUCUUUCGGAGAUAUUGAUAUUAGUACUGUGCAGGUCAUUAAGAAUGAAGAUCUUGAAGAGUUGCGAGAACUAGGUUCUGGUACCUUUGGGACUGUGUAUCAUGGAAAAUGGAGAGGAACAGAUGUUGCUAUAAAAAGAAUAAAGAAGAGCUGCUUCACUGGUCGAUCAUCUGAGCAAGAGAGACUGACGGUAGAGUUCUGGCGGGAAGCUGACAUUCUUUCCAAGCUUCAUCACCCAAAUGUUGUUGCAUUUUAUGGUGUGGUACAACAUGGACCAGGAGGAACAAUGGCCACUGUGGCAGAAUACAUGGUGGAUGGUUCUCUUAGGCAUGUAUUACUUCGCAAGGAUAGGUAUCUUGAUCGUCGCAAGAGGCUGAUAAUUGCAAUGGAUGCAGCUUUUGGAAUGGAAUAUUUGCACUCAAAAAACAUUGUGCAUUUCGACUUAAAAUGUGACAAUUUGCUUGUAAACUUGAAAGAUCCUUUACGUCCAAUAUGCAAGGUUGGCGAUUUUGGUUUAUCCAAAAUUAAACGAAAUACCUUAGUUACUGGUGGUGUGAGGGGGACUCUGCCUUGGAUGGCACCAGAGCUGCUAAAUGGCAGCAGCAACAAGGUCUCUGAAAAGGUUGAUGUGUUCUCCUUUGGAAUAGUAUUAUGGGAAAUCCUGACUGGUGAGGAGCCAUAUGCCAAUAUGCACUAUGGUGCAAUUAUAGGUGGGAUUGUAAAUAACACAUUAAGGCCAACCAUACCAAGUAACUGUGAUCCUGAAUGGAGAACACUAAUGGAACAAUGUUGGGCACCCAAUCCUGCAGCCAGACCAUCAUUCACAGAAAUUGCCAGUCGUUUGCGCAUAAUGUCUGCAGCAGCUAGCCAAACCAAAACACAGGGCCAUAAGCCAUCUAAAUGAGUUCAACAGUGGUAUAUUGGCAUUCUUACUAUCAUACUAUACAAGGCUGGUUCUAUAUACUGUAGAUUUUCUUUUCUCUUUUGUUAGCAUAAUAAUCUAAUACUACACUUUGCAAAGUUGUUGUAUACCAAUGUUUUAAUACAAGUGCAAAAAAUUGUCAUUUCGUUACCUGUA